AUUCCAAGUAUGACGAGACUGAGAUGUUGAAGGUGUUUUCAAAACACUUCAUGGCAAGCUUUCCGGUUCAAGAACAACCAUUAUUCCUUUUCUAAAGAUGAAGAAGUCUUGGCAGGGGAUUUUGGCGCUUUGUUUCGUGAUAUUUUUAAGAAGUUCGGCCACAGACGAUGGAAACAACGUCCCUACAAGUUCGCCUACAGUUGCUCCGAMCACCCGAAACAACUCGUCACAGACGAAUGUGACUACCCCUUCGGUAAAUAUAACUACUACUCCUCUACCAACGAAGCCACCGUCUACGGAACCUCCAGAGGAGAAAGUUGAGCCACCUGAGGUUGAACAGCACAGUUCAUUGACGAUAUUUUUUAUUCUUCUUGUCAUUGCAUUAUGCAUCCUCGUCAUCCAUUUCUUAAUCAAGACAAAGUUCCAUUAUUUACCAGAGAGUGUUGCAGUGGUUUUCUUAGGUGCAUUGAUAGGGCUUGUUAUAAAGGCCUUGCAGCAUUUUGCAUUAGGGGAUUGGCAGAGAGAGGAGCAUUUCAACCCUACUGCAUUCUUCUUAAUUUUACUUCCUCCUAUUAUAUUUGAGUCUGGUUACUCAUUACACAAGGGAAAUUUCUUUUCAAACAUUGGCUCCAUUAUUAUAUAUGCUGUGUUCGGUACAGCUGUAUCUGCUUUAGUCAUUGGAGGGGGUAUUUAUUUAUUGGGAAAGGGAGGUGUAGCUUUUCAACUUGGUCUCAGAGAAAGCUUUGCAUUCGGUUCUCUGAUAUCAGCUGUUGAUCCUGUUGCGACACUGGCUAUAUUCCAUGCACUGGAUUGUGACCCAACACUAAACAUGUUGGUGUUUGGAGAAAGUAUUCUAAAUGAUGCAGUAUCAAUUGUCAUGACAAAUACAAUUCUUUCACUUGGUGGUCCAAAGUAUGCAAGCAUGUCUUCAUUUGAGGCGUUCUUCUCUGCAAUUGUUAACUUUAUGGUCAUGUUUGCUGGAUCUGCAGCUAUUGGCAUAGCAUUUGCUUUGUUCAGUGCACUGCUCCUAAAGCAUGUUGAUCUGCGCAGCACACCAUCCCUAGAGCUUGCUACUAUGCUGAUAUUCUCUUAUGCUCCAUAUGGUCUGGCAGAGGGGCUCCAGUUGUCAGGCAUCAUGGCAAUAUUAUUUUGUGGUAUUUGUAUGUCRCACUACACCCAUUUCAACCUGUCACCAAUGACUCAGAUCACGGUACAACAGAUCUUCAGAACUGCAGCUUUCAUGGCAGAAACCUGUGUGUUUGCAUACCUUGGUAUGGCCAUAUUCAGCUUCAAGCAUCAGUUUAAACCAGCCUUUGUUAUUUGGAGUAUAAUUUUAUGUCUUCUUGGUCGGGCCGUCAACAUCUAUCCACUCUCUGCCCUUGUCAAUCAAUUCAGAGACACCAAGAUUGACAGAAAAACACAAUUUAUCAUGUUUUUCAGUGGAUUAAGGGGAGCUGUUGCCUUUGCCCUUGUGCUUCACCUUCGAUUAGAUGAUGAAAAACGYCAUGUUUUGAUCACCUCGACUCUUAUCAUAGUUUUAUUUACUAUCCUAUUUCUGGGUGGAUCCACGUUACCUUUACUCAAGUUUUUAAAGGCUGAAAAUACUGCUGCAUCAGGACUGACGAUGAGCAAAACAGAGACUGAGGGCACAGCACUGGAUGCSGAUAAGCUGACGGACGAUGAAUGGAGAAUCCAACGAAAAGCCCUCAAAGGAUUCACUAAGCUUGACGCAAAGUAYUUCCUUCCAUUCUUCACAAGAAAAUUUACACGGCAGGAAGUUCGCGAAUCACAUAACGAGAUGCAGAGACUAACAAGUCAGUUGUACAAUGAGGUCUACAGCAGACCAAACUCAGAAGAUGAAUCAGAAAAUAAAUUAUGAAGGUUUAUGAGACACUGGCUACCACAGGCAACCCACACACAGAAACAAAUAUAUAUAUAUAAAUAGUAAAUGCACUGAUUCACUCAAGGUAUAAAGUGYCAUACCUUUGGAAAUACGAUUCUUUGAAUGUAACUAUUUUCAUUUGUCUAGUUUCAAGUGAUACUAGUUGACCAAAAAAAAAAAAUGGCGUGGACUAAAUUGCCGGUACUGACUCGGUAUGUAACUUAAAUUUAAAUUAAAACCAUCUCUUUUCUACUUCAAAAGUUCUUGGAAUAAGAUGUCACAUUCUUUCUAGUUAUAAAUGCUAUACAUAUAUUUGUGCGAUUUUAGUGCCCAGCACGUGACAUGUUUUCAAGAUAGAAGGAAGAGCUGUUUUAAUUUUCAUGUUUUGCAAUUUCAUAACCGCAAAUUAAUUAAAUUAAAUAUAUAAAAAAUUACUAUAUUCUAUAUUGUACAUUUGCCUGUGAAUGGUGGAAUGCUAUAAUUUUAAGAAUACGAGGCUAACAUAAAAAUACAAAAGAAAUGCCACAAAUUUCAUCAAGAAAGAGAUUUCUUUUGUAUUUCAUGUAUUGAAGCCUCGCAUCCACAAUACUUUUGAGAAUAAGGGUCCAUUGUAAUUAAGGUGAACCAUUGUUUGUAAACUUAUCAAAAUAUUUAUAUAUAUGAAAUAAAUCAUUUGAAAAAUU